AUGGAAUCACUAGCUACCCGAGCUGUUCCCUCGCAAGCUCGUAAAAGAAAAUUCCAUGAGGCUAGUCCCGCUAAACCCACUAGGGUGCCGAUAGAUCCCAAACGUCGAAAGCGUCAAGAUGCUAGGGAAAUUUCUGCCCAGACCGCAGAAAGUGCUUUCCGAGAUGGCCAAUUCGAUCCUGUCUCCUUUGUCAACUCAAGAGAAUAUGAGAUUAGAAGCCUUCUCCGCUCGAUGAAUAGUUCCAAAAAUGCGCAACGAAAGCGUGCUUUCCAAAGCUUACCUCGGGAACUGCGACGCCGCACUGCUGCCCACAAUCCAAGCCGAGCUCCUAAACGUGUGAGGGAAACUGCACGUAAAGAGUUGACCGAAGAUAAUACUACUGUUCGUAAAAAGCGUAGGGACUACUGCCCUAGUGCCCGGCGCUUAAAUGCAAACCAGCUACGAAUACUCUCACUUCGAAAUAACAAUUCUAUGAUUCCUAAGGCUGUUCCAGGAUCCCGACAAACGGCUACAAGGGGGCUUGGAAGAACUCGAUCAUAUAUAGGAUCGAAAUCCUCCAGAUACCGCAAACGACAGCGGCAUAAAACAUGGCUCCCAACCCAUAUAUGGUGUGCCAAGCGAGCGCGAAUGGUCCUAAAAUGGGGAUUCUCGCUUGUCGAAACUCCCAACCUGAAAUGCUAUCGCCCGACUUAUCGAGCUGCAACCCGAGAUGCGUGUAUAGCCAUCGACACAAGCUACUACGCUACAAUAUUAUUAGUAGGGCGGGAACGAGAUCUGAAGAAAUCGUUAGCGAAGUUUCUGCCCCCUCUUGAUCUUGCGGUGGUUGGAAGAAGUGUAGUUUCUGGUGAAUCAGUUCGGUCGACUUGGAUGUACGAGGAAGGCGAGUGGCCCGACAAGCCGCUUGCACCAAUACAAAUUUUCUGGUGUCCAAUAAACUCGGUGGAUGAGAUGAAAGAGCAAGGGCUGCGUAAUGUCGUGCUGAGAGUUCAUCCUGCCUCGUGGGAUGAUGCGUGGAAAGUCGCAGCGGCUUCUGCUGCUGCCUCCGCCUGCGUUUGUAAAAACCUAAGGUUUGAGGUGGGGUCUAUUGAGUUAAUUGGGCCGCGAACUGCGGACAUACUAAGAGCAUUACUGAACCCAAAUCUCGAUCUCGACGGUAUUCUUGUCGACGGGGUUAAACAUAACAGCGCAAGAGACCCUAGACUCAGUUCCUUUCACCUCCGUACCACGAUUCCAUACCCACCCUCUCAAGAAAAUACCACCAACCAAGCGGAAAGCUUAUUUAGUGCAAAUUGUCGAACUGCAUCUGUUAAAGCACAAGUUUCGCAGAAGACUCUAAAUUCACGAAUCUCAAAAUCGGUUUCAGGAGAGGCCGCCAAAUCCGCUGCUGCUGCCAGAAUUCCAUUUGUCUUGAUGCGAGAGAUAUUGGGCGUACUGGGCACACAAUCUUCUUCGGGCCGUCCGCAUUCCGAGAUCCCUUUGUCACAUCGCUGGAGCAUCCUGCUGCCAUGGAAAUGGGUUCGGCCGUUCUGGUUGGUUCUUAUGAGGAUGCCAGGUGUACGAUUAGGGGGGCUGAAAGAACUCGAGCAACUAACACUCGAAAGUGGCGUUGGCUAUUUCCCGACUGACUUCCCUUCUACAAGCGCGGGAAGGGCAGAGGCUUUGGAAAGAACGCAAGCGCAGUUAAAUCAACUUGAGCGUCGAAGUACGAUGAAAACGAAGCCCUCAAGUAAAAAGAGUGAAUCAACUACCUUGAGUAAGGGUGGUUAUCCAUGGGGUGAGGUGCUCGACGCAGGUCGCCAUUUUACGUGCGAAGAACCGGGGUUCUGGCAGCUAACCCCUGAUUCGGUGCGCCUCUUCUGGAAAAGCCCACGGAGUAUGUUGCCAACGUCGAUAUCUUCUGGAAUAUUCACAGCACACAUUAGAUUAUAUGGACGUGGGAAUAUAGAUUCCAAUGCUUUCGUCUACACGUUCUCGGGGGAAGCGGCUAGACUGGUUCCACGAGUGCUACUUCAGCACGCCCGAGACGGGAACCCCAUCGACAAUGUUUUAGAAACAUUGGACGGUGAAAAUGGCCAACUAAACGGUAUCGGACAUAAUAGUGCGCCAGCGUAUUCUUUAGCUGGCUUUGUUAUCCGCGGGAAUUUUGGGUUCCGCCAGGCUCGGCCCGUCGCCAUUGCAGCCCUUGCGUGGGCGAGAACCCAUGAGAGCGAGCCAAGUGUUCAUCAAGAAGACUGCUUUGGUGGAUGGUGUAUCCUGCAAAAUACAGGAUCUGGAAUCAGGCGACUAGCCCAAUGGAAUGCGGUUUAG